AUGGACGUCUCCCCAGCUCCUGUGCCCCCCCACCCUGUGAAGACCUUGCAAAAGCAGUGGCUGGAAGCACUGGGCGCCUUCAGCCAUGUGCUGACUUUAAUGUCAGCCCCUUUUUGCUUCCUUCUUCUCUUCCUCCUCCUUGUCACAUGGCUCUGGCCUCUGUCUGUUCUCUACAUGAUGUGGCUCUACCUGGACAGGGACACACCCAGCCAAGGGGGUAGGCAGUUUGUGUGGCCAAGGACCUGGGCCAUCUGGAAACACCAACGGGAUUACUUUCCUAUCAAGCUGGUGAAGACAGUAGAGCUGCCCCCCAGCCAGAACUAUGUGCUGGGGGCCCACCCCCAUGGCAUCAUGGGCACCGGAGCCUUCUGUAAUUUCCUCACUGAGAGCAAUGACUUCUCCCAGCUCUUCCCGGGGCUGCAGCCCUGGCUAGCCAUGCUGUCUGGUAUAUUCUACCUCCCAUUGUUCCAGGAAUACAUCAUGAUGCAUGGACUGUGUCCUGUGAGCCUUAACAGCCUGGACUUUGUGCUGUGUCAGCCCCGGCGGAGCCAGGCAGUGGUCAUCGUGAUCGGGGGUGCCCAGGAGGCCCUGUACAUGGCCCGAAGGCGGCACAGCCUGGAACUCCUGAAUCGCAAAGGCUUUGUGCGCCUGGCGCUGAGGCACGGGGCCUCCCUGGUUCCUGUGUACUCCUUUGGGGAGAACGACACCUUCAGAUGCAAGGCUUUCCCCAAAGGCUCCUGGCAGUACCUGUGCCAGGUCACCUGCAAGAGGGUCACCAGCAUAGCUCCCUGCAUCUUCUGGGGCUGUGGUCUCUUCUUGCCCAAGUCCUGGGGUCUGCUGCCCCUGUCUGUGCCCAUCACCACCGUGGUGGGUGGCCCCAUCCCCGUGCCCCAGUGCAGCAGCCCCAGCCAGGAGCAAGUUGACCACUACCACACUACCACAGGCUCUAUAUGGACACCCUGGAGUGAACCUUCCAUGCUGCGGACAGGGGUGGGGAGUGGAGAGGGACUGGAGAGACCAAAGCUGAUGCAGACUGGGACCUUGGCCUCAGCCCUCGUCUCCCCGAGCCCUGGCUGUGAUGACGGGGACAACGACGACGAGAAGAUGGCCUUCAGGUCUUCAUCCGUUGCAUCUUCACCUCGGCCUGUGGGGCUGAGCCUCCUGCUGGCGGGCACUGGCUCUGAGCGCUGGUGA